UGAGUCGCUUUAAAUGACAUUAGCAACCAAAAAUAUCACCAAUAAUUGCGUGUGCACGUAUAUGUUUUCAAUAAACAAACAAAGUUAAUUUUGGAAUCCAACCACAUAAGAAUAACAAUGCAUUUKUCAGGCGGUCUAUGAUCCCAUGUUUGCGUUGCUUGUAAUUUUGGAACUGCCUGCUCCUGCUUCUGCCCCUCAGUUCUCGAACGGUGGAAUCAUAGCUUUUCCAAAUCAUCAUUGUCGCUAGUGAUAUCGAUAUUUAAGUAAUCAGAUCUCGGAGAAGAAGAUAGCUGAAAUAACUGAAAUUAUAAAUUAGCGUGAUGUUGCGAAGAUUGGGAAAAGAAAAACAAUUACGAAGCUAGGAGAACUGCAGUGCAUUUAGUUCGUUUUUUAGAUUUAAAAGCCACACGUUGGACAGCGACAGAGGACUGAUUUUCAAUGCACAAUCAAACCAACCUUGACCUUCUGUCCCACGAACGAAUCAUCGAGAGCGUGUUGUUAUUCUUAUUAAUGAUCAUAUCAUCAUUUUUCAACAUCACAACGUGUCAUCAUCGCAAGAAACAAAUUCCUGAAAAGCCGACCAGCAAAUUUGUUCGUUGCGAACCUUUGUUUAUCAAACAUGGUGUUGACGCUGUUCGUAAUUCCGUUCAGCCUCGCUACAUUGUUACGGGACCAACACAGAACUUUCGCAGGAUCUGCAGCUUGUACGGUAAAUGGAUUUUUAAGCGUUGCAGCAUGUUCAGCUAUCGUAAUGACUCUCUGUUGUAUCAGCAUUGAUCGUUACAUUGCUGUCAAUAAACCAACCAAAUAUCGCACCAUCCUGACCUCAAGACGUGCCGUGUACAUGAUCUUGGUGGCUUGGUUCCAGGCUCUACUCUAUGCCUCAUUCCCAGUACUCGGCUGGUCCCACUAUGAAUAUCAUCCGGGGACUUUACAUUGUUCGCCCGCUUGGACAUCAAACUGUUCUCUGUACAUAUUCCUUUCAAUUACAGCAUUCGCUCUUCCGUUGGCCGUCAUGUUUGUCACUUAUAUCAAGAUAUUUCGAGUGAUUCGGAAACAUUCCAGAAGAAUCAAUAUACUUAAACUCGGCUCAGCAUCCUUUCAUGUAAAUACUGUGCUUAGCAUGACUCAAGAAGAAGAUUCACGAAGCCCUGAUGUGCAAAAUUCAUCUCUGGAUUCCCCGGCUGCAAAUAAUACGAAUGYGUUACAGGAUGAAUCAAGUGAAUGCCCCUUAACAUAUAGUGCUAGUGUCACGCAAGAAGCAGGAAAUAUGUCACUCUUUUUGAAACCCGAUCGCGAUGAAUUUCUGUUAACAAAUGACAACCGAAUUUCUUCUUCUUUUGAAGACCCUUCCAAGCAGAUUCUUUCUCCCUGUGAUUUGUUCGAAGAAGCCCUCCCCCCACGUGCAAACGAUGAACCAACGCCUUCGGUACUUACUGACCAGCAGUCAGUUCCUAAAAAGCGGAGCAUGCGCAGAAUGUUACAAAACUUUGGAUCCAAUCUUCGAUCCAGAAAACGAGAUGAGGCACAAUUACCGAGAGAAUACAAGAUUGCAAGGACAGGAUUUUUGCUUUUGAUAUUAUAUCUUGUUUUAUGGCUGCCAUACUUAGUGGUCAACGCUUGUACUACUAAAAUACGAGCUCCUGAUUUUGUUUUCCACGUGGCAAUGUGGCUGGUUUACAUGAAUGGAGUUGCUAACCCAGUGGCUUAUGCCUUUACCAAUAAGAGGGUCAAGACAAAGUUUAGGCAAAUAUUUCAUAAGRUGUUCGGCUUUUUUUCAAGAUGCCGUUAGAGCAGGAAUGUAGGGGCGCAAUAGACUAUUUUCGAGCUCCAAAUUACCCUUGCGAGUGCUUUGACUUCACACCAGGGGAAAAUUACUAGGGGUAUAACUCUCAAUAAAUCCUUGUCCAUUAGAUUGCYAGCUAGGCUAAAAAUAACCCGCGCGCUGAUUGGUUGGUGGCUGUGAUGUCGUCUUUGUAAKAUGCGUUCUUGGCUAACUUUACGGAACUAGCGGUAACCUGAAMAUUACGUGUAAUACGUAAAGCUUUGAUUAAAUGUCCUUAAAUAUUUACUUUGAAUUUGAUGCACUCGUAAAUUGAAUGCAAACAUCGUUUUCCUCACUAUCAGUAAUUCCUAUUUUAUGAGUAACAAUGUCAGUUUUUUCGUUGCUAUCCAAGUCUUCAGUAUCCUCAUUAGUGUCCUCACAUGAAUUAUCAUCAUCUUCAGUGUCCUCGCGUGAAGUACCAUCUUCUUCAUGAUCUUCCUUUGUUGUACUUGUCGUAGUAUUUAAAAGCUACAUAGACAGCCAAGCAUUUAUUACUUGGACUUUCUCACUUUUGUACAUUUUGAGCUUGAGCAAAAGUUGUGCUUUUUAAAAAAAAGGUCCAAGACUGCAACCCUCUGCUUCUUAAGAGCGGGGAUCAGUAAAUGUCGACCAGAGGUGUGCAAAAUGAAAAAAUCGAAAAUUCCCAAAAUAUUUCCAAAGAUAGGUUUUGGUGAGUUAGUAAUGGAAAAAAUAUAGAAAUGUUCACAGGAUUUUUGGUUUUCGCGAAA